AUAAAAGCAGACAAAAUGAAAAAAUGUAGUCUAGCAAAACCUGAUGUGUAUGAGGAUAUUAAAACAAAAAAAUAUAAUGCUACUUAUAACAUUCAAAUGUUAACACAUUAAUAUUUUAUGUACUUUCUAUUUGUACAUUCAAAUAUAAAUCAUAAAUUCAAAGUCCUUAACAUUUUGUCAUUUUCAGGUUUUUCCUGGGCAUGAAAUACCAUUUCCUUGGUGGGUAUGCCAAUAGCAGAGUAGAGGACUUACUACUCCUUCUCCAUGGAAAUGUAACUAUGUUUUAUGACUAUCUGGAUGAACUCGCAAAGAUUGGUCGCCUGAAAAAUAUGGGAGGACAAAGGGGAGACAAAAGUAAAUUGACAGCAGAGAAUAUGCUCAAGGCAGGACUCGACCAAACUGUGCAAUGGACUUCAUCCACAGAAUGCACUGUUCCAUCACAGACAGCAUUUGGGACGAUUUAUAAUGUGGACAUUGUCAAUGAAGUGUGCAAUUGUCCAGCAGCAACAACAAGAGGAAUGUGUAAGCAUGUUCAUUUAGCUGAAUUGAUUGCUUCUAAAAGGAACAUCGACCUUACUGUAGAGCGCAGAUCAGAAGCAAUGGAUGUAUUUAAUGCAGAACAAUAUUUUUAUGACAGAGAUAACAACCAGGUAGAGGUUUUGUCAAGAUUGGGAAAUGUAUCAGUUGUUAAUUUGACCUCUUUCAAAUGUACAUGUUUUGCCAAUAGCCAUGGUAAACAUUGUGUUUGUGUGAUGGUAGCAAAACUGGUAGUUCCAUCACCUGACAUAGAGUCUACCUCAAUUGAUGAAACAAAACAACAAUUAAUUGAAGACAAAAAAACAACCGACCAGGACAUUUCUUUACCUACACAAUUUUAUAUAAUGACACCAUCUUAA